AGUGUUGUUGUCGUCGUCACUCGUGGUGCUCGAAUCGUGUGGUGGUGGUCUUGUUGUCCUAAUUGGUUAUUUGGUUUGGUUUUUCGAGUUGUUGUCGACUGCCGUUAUCGUACCUAGUUUCUUGUGUUUCAAGUUUGUUGUUGUUGGGUGUCUCUCCACACACACACACACACACACACACACACACACACGUACACACGGAUACACUCACGCACGUACAUACAUACAUUCACAGAUAACGUACGCCGUUCCGCAUACCACGUCGUUCGUCGUUCUUGGAUUACACUCAUAGUACUACUAUUAUACACAGUACAGGCGUACUUCGUGCUCAACAUUCCCCGGAAUCGUCGUCCUCUGCUCCCAGCAUGAACGUGCGCAUGUUUCUUGCUGCUGCUGCCUCCGUCGUGGUGCUAGCCUCGGCAGGUUUUCAUGGCACUCAUUUGCACCAGUCCAUCGUCUCGCCCGGUGGACAUCAUGCACAUGCUAACACCCACUACGUGAAAGUGCCGGUCGUCGGUCACGAAAUUGUUAAGCAGCCCGUUGUAACGUACGUGCCUAAAGCAGUUCCGAUUCUCAAGGUCGGUGUUAAACCCGUCCACACUAUCACGUCGAUCCGCGAGGAGCCUCUUGUAGUCUUCAAUAACCCAAUUCCAUCGCUUGUGACCGGACCCGGAGUAUCCCUUGUCGAAGGACGUGGUCUUGGAGCUGGACUUAAUAGAGGUUUAAGGGGUCUCACUUUGAACGACGGCCACGGAGGUCAUGGAUGGUGGUGAAGGUCAUAGACAAAUUAAACUCAGCCACAAUGACGAAGAAGCCCUAAAGCGAGGAAUGUCUAUGUAUAAGGUUCUAAAUGCGAAAAUUCAACCAUUUCUCUAACUGAUCAGCAAACAUCCCUUGUGUAUUUAUAUGACUAGUUAUUCUAAUAAUGUUAGUUAAUAACGCUAAUAAUAGUAUUAAACAUAAAACGAUGUAACAUGAGGCGUACCUGUU